GAGACGGAUCGACAGAGGGUGGGGAGGUAAGAUCAGUGCUGGAGGGUCAUAAAUACACAUGGUCUUUGCAAAGCUCAAGUAAUCUUCUGGACACACUGACAUACUGGAGUUUUGUGGGAAAUUACAUUGCCAAAAUGCAUCUUCAUCACUUUAACCUGCCUACAUUCGGAUAUUGCACAUUCAUUUUGCUAAUGCUGAUGUACCAGGUAUCUACCGUGCCAGUAGUGACUCCUGAGGUGCGAUCAGAUCUUCAGUCAUCACAUAUACUUCAUCGCAAGAUCCGAAUGUCCCCUCUGUGGCGAAUCAUGGGGUUCAAACCAUAUGGAGCCUACUGCCAUGACAACAUAGAGUGUAUUACAGGUUUAUGCAGGAACGGUCACUGUUCGUUUAAUGAGCCUGUUCAUUCUUAGUGGAUUGGAAGCCUGAAAAAUAGUAAUUUAUGAGUCAACCUAAUCAACAUAUAUAUGUAUAUAUAAAAUGGCCAUAUGUUUCAAGCACUUUAAUUUCUGAACUCUAUAUAGCACAGUAUGUGUAGAGUAUGUGGCCAAAUCUGACUUGAAAAGUUACAUUACAGUGUGUACGUUUAAUGUUCAAGCCAUUUAAAAAAAACUUGUUGUUUAUUAACAAUGAUGUUAAACCUGACUCUUGGGGUUUAUAUUUGACUUGUGCUUAUCAAUACACAAUUAACAAAACUGUAAGUGCAUUGUAAAUAUACUUAAAAGGCUGUAUUAAUCUGUAUGAACUUUUUUUAUAAUCUUUUAAUUUGUUUAAUGCAUCAUUAAGAAUCACAGUGCCGUAAAAGUGCAUUUGUUACUGUUUAGAAUGUGGACUUGCUGGAGGUAUUGAGGCUAACAUUUUUAUUUUAGGAUUUAUAUAUGUAUGAAAUAAUUAUAUUCAUGUGAUAUUUGAUAUAAAGUACUGUAUUUAGCCAUGAGGGCAUACAGAAGGCCUCAGCAGUGUUAAUUAAGAUAUAGGCACAGGGCCAGUAAUUGAUUGUAAUUGACAGCAGCACAUAUCUUUCUCAGGAUAUUCCAUGUUCUGAGAGACCCAGUUCUAAUGGCAAAGGGCCCUGAAGUAGCUCAGUAUCCACAUGUUAGUGAGAGGAGUAUUUGCACAAGAAUGUACUGUAACAGACUGAUGUCAUUGUACUUGAACGACCUCCAAAUGAACCCAGAUUGCAUGUUCCUUUUCUGACACAAGAGCAAGGUUUAAGUUAAUCAAAUAAACCACUAACAGUUUCAUUA